AUGAGAUGUGGGUUUGAUGAUGACUCCUAUUCAAGAUGCGAUCUCCCCGAGAACCUCAGACGGAGAGGCUGCAAGGAAGACGGUCUCAACUUCCCCAAGAAUAAACUCAUAGAAGUGGAGGCCAAACCUCUGAGUGACGCAGGAGAUGCGGGAGAAAUUGUCCAAGUUAACCCACAGAAGCUAUUUCUUCAGAUGAGACCAGGUGAGCCUACCAGGGUUCAGUUGAACAUCCGGCAAGCUGAGGAUUUUCCUGUGGAUUUAUAUUACGUGAUGGACCUGUCGCAGUCUAUGGCCAACGACUUGGACAGCUUAAAAGGGCUCGGCGAUAAACUUGCCAAGGUCAUGAAAAACAUCACUAAAGAUUUCCGUUAGGGUACGGUGCUUUUGUCGAUAAAGUAAAAAUGCCAUAUGUGGACAUC